AACGGUGCGACCUCGAUGUAGCUAGUAGUUUCGACGUUUAUUACCUCAACCAGUGUCUCAAAAUGACGGAUGUACAGUGUUUAAAGAGUCCAGAAUGUAAAAAGUAUGUGCGAUACGAAUUGACAUCGCCGCAUCGCAGUAUCCUGUUAUAAAUGAAAUUGUUUUUUCCUUGUGGAAACUACGUGCUCCGUUCUGUUCGUGAUAAACUAUAGCUCACAAUCUUUGCGCUCGCUUUCAUGUCACAUCUUCUCAUCUGGUCAUCGAAGAAUUCUCUCUUUUAAUCAAGCAAAUUAUAUUAUAGCUGAUCAAAAUGACAAGAAUUCGAAAAAUUUGCUGCAUCGGAGCCGGCUAUGUAGGCGGACCCACAUGUAGUGUUAUUGCAUUGAAAUGCCCGGAAAUUCAAGUAACCGUCGUCGAUAAAAGUAAGGAGAGAAUAGCGCAAUGGAAUUCGCAAAAGUUGCCGAUAUAUGAGCCAGGCUUGGACGAAGUUGUGCACAAAUGUCGUGGAAAAAAUUUGUUCUUUUCCACCGAUAUCGACACAGCUAUUAAAGAGGCUGAUCUCAUAUUCAUCUCAGUGAACACGCCAACAAAAACCUUUGGCAACGGUAAAGGAAGAGCGGCGGACUUGAAAUACGUGGAGAGUGCUGCAAGAAUGAUCGCAGAAAUCGCGACGGGAGACAAAAUUGUCGUUGAGAAGAGUACUGUGCCAGUACGAGCAGCCGAGAGUAUCAUGAAUAUCUUGCGCGCCAAUCACAAACCAGGCGUUUCUUAUCAGAUUCUUUCGAAUCCAGAAUUUUUGGCCGAAGGAACCGCUAUAGAAGAUUUGGUAAACGCGGAUCGAGUGUUGAUCGGUGGAGAAGACUCGCCAGAAGGACAAGUAGCCAUUGAAGAACUUUGCAAAGUUUAUGAACAUUGGAUUCCAAGAGAAAACAUUCUAACAACUAAUACAUGGAGUUCCGAACUAUCGAAGUUGGCUGCAAACGCUUUUCUGGCACAACGAAUAUCCAGCAUAAAUUCAUUGUCGGCCGUAUGCGAAGCCACGGGUGCCGAUGUGUCCGAAGUUGCUCGAGCAGUUGGACUUGAUUCACGAAUCGGUUCCAAGUUCCUUCACGCAUCGGUCGGUUUCGGCGGUUCCUGCUUUCAAAAAGACAUUCUAAAUCUGGUGUAUAUUUGCGAGUGUCUAAAUUUGCCUGAAGUGGCGGCAUAUUGGCAACAGGUGAUUGAUAUGAACGAGUAUCAGAAGUCAAGGUUUUCUGCGAAGGUUAUAGAAUCUCUCUUCAAUACCGUGACGGAUAAAAGGAUUGCCAUGCUAGGCUUCGCCUUCAAGAAAAAUACAGGAGACACGCGUGAAUCACCAGCGAUUCACGUCGCCAAGACGUUGCUGGACGAAGGCGCCGUUCUUCAUAUUUACGAUCCCAAGGUCGAAGAAACUCAAAUCAUUCAAGACUUGACUCAUCCGAAUAUAACGAGCAAUCCCGAAGAUAUUAAAAAUCGAAUCAGUAUUUAUAAGAAUGCUUAUAGUGCUACAAAAAAUACACAUGCGAUAGUUUUGUGCACCGAAUGGGACGAAUUUAUUGAGCUGAACUAUACACAAAUUUAUGCAGGCAUGAUGAAACCAGCAUACAUUUUUGACGGAAGGAAGAUUUUAAAUCACGAUCGAUUGCAAAAAAUCGGUUUUGUUGUUCAGACUAUUGGUAAAAAACUCACGAGAUCCGCGAUUUCGAGAGCGUGGGGUAGUCAGACGCAAAUUUAAAAAAAAAAAAAAUAGACCACUUUAUAAGCAAUAUUUCCAAUUUGAUACAUAAUAUUUACAAUUACAAGAAUCUUGUUGAGUUAAUCUAGAUAUAUGAAUGCAUUUAUAAAAUAUAAGAUAUAGGAUCUAACUAUUUUGAUGUGUACGUUUAUUUUUUGAUGAACGUAUAAAGAAUUGACUGAGCAGCGCAAUAUAACAUGCGAUUUUACAUAUGACAUUUAUUUUAUGUUAAUAUGUAAGUUUGGAUCAAUUUCUUAUAACUGAUAUAGGCGGCUAGAAAAAGGAAGUCACGAGAUGAAUUAUGUUUUUUUAAAAAUGUAUUUUAUAAAAGAUACUGGAAAAAAUGUUUUAUCAUCUAUUUUUAUUUAUUAUGAGUAUUUUUUAAUCUUUUAUGGGAUUAAACUUUCUCCAUAAGAUCAGAUCCGCCUCUGUUAUUGUUAUUUGAAAUAACGCUGCAUAUAACUUUUAUAUUAAAACACUUAGAGACAAAUUAUUGAAAAAAAAAAAUAUUGCAUUUUUUAUCAUGUACAUAAAUUUAGUUAAUUUGAUCAUAUACUACUAAUAAUAUGUAUGAAAGUUUUAUGUUAUCUUUCUAAGCAGAGAUGAUCAUUCAGAUAAUUCUAGACACAUUAAUAUCGGCCAGCAGUCUUGGCAAAUGGUAGAAGACAGAGCUUGUUUAUAUUAUCUAUUAUAUAAAUAUUAUGGGGUUAAUCUUUCUCGCGCGCGCACAACUCUGAAUUAUCUGUUAUCUGUAUAAAUAUUAUAAGAUAAUCUCAUAUAUAACUCUCCCUUGUCUCAACAUAUAUCGGCAAUGCUGCUAAAUAAAAAAAAAUUGUCAUAAAAUAAAUUUUUAUUGGAUUUUAUUACUGUCAUGAA